UUUGCAAGGAAUCCCGUUUUCCUUGUGCGACAUUAUGGACUCGGCGGAGUGGUAUUAUGGAUAUUCGGGAGUGGUGCAAUCUGGCGGAUGGAAAAGCAGGUAUUAGAGAGUGAUGAGGAUAAAGUAGCAAUGGACUUCAAGGUAUCGAUCCAAAAUGAAAGUAACAUGAUAGCUGUGGCUGGCUCCAUCCUUGCUCAAAUCGCCAUAACCGCCCUUUCUUUAUCAAAUCUUAGUCAAGUGCAUUGGGUGGCACGAGCCUUCUUCACGUUCAGCUUGGUCUCGGCCAUUAUUGCAGUAUACUAUGCAAGCGAUCAGUAUCGAAUCUUGGGACGGCAUUUGAAUUGCGAGGACGUAAAGGCCUGGAUCAGAAACGAUAGACUGGCUGGGUAUGGCAUAGAUCAAUAUGGGGAGUUCAUGCCUUCACCCGCUGCUGUGUUGACCGUCUCAGCGCCAAAUAUGCUUCUGUCAGCGUCGCUAAACUCCUUCCUCCUUGGACUUGGAACAUAUCUGGCUUAUGUCUGGACUAGGCAUCUCGACACAACAGCUAGUACAAACGAUAGCCGAGCAAUUUUCAUUACAUACGUGGUUAGCCUCACAGUCUGUUACGGCAUCUAUGAGCUUUCAGGACUUGUCCUCGUGCGGCGAAGCUACAGUACUGAA